AUGGCCCUUGACCACUUUGGCUUUCCGUCAUCUGUGCCGAUUCCCCGGCUGAACCCUUCACGCUUUCACUUCUCUGGCCCUGUCCUGUCCCUGUCCUGUCCCUACAAAUUGGAAUACAAAACAUUGCGAAAGGUGACAGGUCUGGCCGCCUUUGCAUCAAACUUGACGUAUCAUGAGCCGACCAUAUAUGCAUUAUCUACCGCCUCAGGCCGAGCUGCCAUCGCCGUAAUCCGGGUCUCUGGACCAGCAUGUCUGCACAUUUAUGCUGCACUAUGUCCUGGCAAGAAGGCGCCGAGACCGCGUGUCGCGACGGUACGAUCACUCUAUGAGCCUGGCAAGACACCUUCGCCUGCCAAUGUGCUCGAUUCCAGUGCCUUGAUUCUGCAUUUCGAAGGUCCUGGAAGUGCUACUGGCGAGGACAUACUAGAGUUGCACGUUCAUGGCGGCCCGGCCAUCGUCAAGGCCGUGCUUGCUGCUAUCUCUAGAUGUGGCACUGCAGAGUCUGGAGUCAUUCGCUAUGCAGAGCCUGGCGAGUUUACAAGAAGAGCAUUUAUGAACGGCCGGCUCGGUCUCACCCAGGUUGAGGCGUUAGGAGACACUCUAGCUGCUGAUACUGAACAGCAAAGACGACUGUCUGUUCGAGGCACUACGGGAAAGCUUUCUGUACAAUACGAGACUUGGAGGCAAAGGCUGUUAUACGCACGUGGAGAGCUGGAAGCGCUCAUCGACUUCAGUGAAGAUCAGCACUUCGAUGAAAGUCCUGCAGAGCUCAUGCUUUCGGUAGCAGAACAAGUCAAAGUUCUCCAAGCAUCGCUGCAGGUGCAUGUCCGUAAUGCUGUCCGAGGAGAGCUUCUACGCCAUGGCAUCAAUGUGUCUCUGCUGGGCGCACCCAACACUGGGAAGAGCUCUCUGUUGAACAGAAUUGUGGGCCGUGAAGCUGCGAUAGUGAGCAAUGAAGCCGGUACAACACGUGACGUUGUGGAGAUUGGCCUCGAUUUGGGAGGAUACUUUUGUCGAUUUGGCGAUACCGCCGGUCUGCGAAAGGCGAUCGAGGGACAUGCUGAAUCCGCCGAGAAAAUUAGUCGCAUUGAGCAAGAAGGUAUGCGGCGAGCGAAAAUCAGGGCAGAGGAAAGUGAUCUGGUGGUUGUCAUGUUCAGCUUUGAAAAGACAAGCGAUGGCAGUGUUGUGCUUAACCUAGACGACGAAGUGUGCGAGGUAGCAGAUCUCUUGCUGACAAGGAAGAAGAAUGUCGUGGUGGCCGUCAACAAGACAGACUUGACGAGUGGAAAUCCUACUGUGUGCGAAGAUGUAAGACAGCGCAUCUGCCAGAGGAUGCCGAGCCUGGAGACAAGCUCGGUAUACUUCUUCUCAUGUCUAGAUACAGCUGGGGAGCAUGACGGCGUUCAAUCCUUCCUCCAAGGUCUUGUCCAAGAAUUUGCAAUGCUCACGGCAGCUCUUUCGCCAGAGACCGGUGCUGAUGCAUACGACCAAGACUCAUCCGUGUGGCAAGAGUCUCUCGGUGCCUCGGAAAGGCAUCGCAUGCUAUUGGACCAGUGCAUCCAAAAUCUCCAGGCUUUCCUUAUGGAAGCUCAAGAAGACACCACCUCUGGAUCAUUCGAAGCAAGCGGAGAGGCCGACAUCGUACUUGCCGCAGAGCAUCUACGCGCCGCAGCGAACUGUCUCGCCAAAAUCACGGGAAAAGGAGAAGCUGGAGAUGUUGAAGAAGUACUCGGUGUCGUAUUCGAGAAAUUUUGCGUGGGAAAAUGA